AUGCCAGCAUACCAUUCCACUUUUCCAGUUGAUCCACAGCAUGACCGUAUGGUUGGCAACAUUGUGCUGCUGCCAUUGAACACCAAAUUUAGAGGCCCUGCUUACCAAGCUAAUUCCGACUACGAUAUCAUAGACGAGAGUUUGGACUUGUUCCGUGCUAACUCAUUCUUCAAAAACUUUGAGAUUAAGUCUCCAGCUGAUAGAGUUUUAAUUUAUGGGAUUCUAUUUGUCAAUGACUGUCUAGCUCAUUUAAGACCUAACGUUAGUUAUAAUGAAGCCGUCAAGACGUUAACCAACGUUGCCCUUGAUGACUUUGCCGUGCCGGGCACUCCGGGAUUUCCAUUGAAUAAUGUUUUCACGGUCCCACUACAGAGUCAUAGUGAAAUGGAAUUGUUAAAAUCAUAUAUUCAGCAAUUCCGUCAGGAACUUGCAUCUAGGCUCUUGGAAAGAGUCUAUAAGGACUCUAAAGAGGCUCCAUCAAAAUUUUGGCUGGCUUUCACGAGAAGAAGAUUCAUGAACAAGUCUUUGUAG